AUGGCUUCUGCUUCAGACUGGGACGAUGUGCUGGGGGAGGAGCUCCGAGCCUCAUAUCAGCUUGGGGAGGAUAUCUUAGCGUGUGAGGCAGAGAGGACGCCCAGCACAUGUGAUCAUGUUACAGCUUGCGGUGAGCUUCCUGGUGUCAAGCCAGCGACGUGGUGGGCUGUUUUGUUGAAGGCUGCAGGAACAGACCUGGGUUAUGAGAGCGCAGGCGUUUCGACCAGCCAGUCGCCAAGGCUGCAGGUUGUGUCAGGAUGCACUGGUUGCAGCGCAGAGUCGUUUGUGCUGAAGGGCCUCCGAAUCGACUUCGAUCUGAUCUCUGCAUCGGAGAGCAAUGACCAGUACCAGCAGUUUCUCAAAGCGAACCAUCGUGAACACAUCAGGCACUUACAUGCAACCGUGCAAGGCCAAUUGCAUCCUAAAGGGCCAUGUGUUUUUUGUGCCGAUGCCGGCGUAGCUUGUGAGGAGUUUUCUGGUAAAGGUGCUCCUCAGGUGGUAGAUGUCAUGGUGACAGGGUCGCCUUGUGAUCCGUUUUCGGUUCAGAGGGCCAAACGGUUCCAGACUGGCGCAGUCAAGGACCACGUUGCCUACAAGGUAACAAUGUCUUCUGUGGUAUCUAUGUACCUGAAGUAUCAGCCCCAUGUUGGGGUUCUUGAACAAGUCAUGGGGUUCACAUACCCGCUGGACGUCACGACUGAUGAGACGCCGUACCAGAGGCCCGGCCGGGAUGUUUACUGCUUGAUAUGA